UGCCAUACUGAGUCAGAACUUUGGUCUUUCUAGUUCAGUAUUGUCUGUUCUGACUGGCAGCAACUGUCCACGGAUCCAGGCAGAAAUCUUUCCAGCCCUGCCUGCAGAUGCUGCCAGGUUCAGAACCUGACUUUCUGCUUGUAAAACAGUUUCACUAUCACUGAGCUACAGCCCAAGAGGAAUAUUUUACAGCACUCACAUGUCGUUUCCCAUCCAAAUCCAAAUCAGGGCAGGCCCUGUUAAGCAAAUGGUACAAUUCAUGUCUGUGAUCACAAGACACGUUCUUCUCCCCCUAUCAGCGGUGUUUGCUAAAGAGGUACGUUAAAUCAGGUUGCCACAUAUUUAGGGUGUGGGGAACAUUUCCAGGAUGUUUUUUUCUGAUUCAAAACUGCUUGUGGAGAAAUGAGUCAUCCCAUUUUUGGAGGGGGAAGCAAAACUGCAGAAGGUUGCUUGGUAAAAACCUCGUAGAGAAUCACUGGUGUGGAUUUUCAUUUGGUGAGGUGUUUGCUUUGGUUUAACUAAAUAUUCGAAUCUGGGUCAGUCUGCCCUGACUUGCGUUUUGCGUUUCAUUAUGUACUUGAUCUUGAUCUUAUGUACUCAUGUACUUAUUCAUUAUGUACUUGAUCUUAAGGAAAGAUUCCUUCUUUGUAACUUUUUGGCCAGAUGGAUCAGCCGCACCUUGCUGCAGAAGGCAGCCCCCACCCCUCGGGGUAAAGUGGUAGUGGGCCUGUAACAGCCUCCAUUAAUUAAAAUUUGCCCUUGCCAAUGAUAAAUGAUCCAGAAUUUAUCAAAUCAAUAAAUUCUGAAUCAAGGUUGGUUGUUAAAUUUUAAUCAACAGUACUGCAGAGAGUAAAUAACUCCAAACUUCCAUUGGUAGAUUAAUCAACUAAAAUUUUUAUGUUGAUUAAGCAGUUAUGGUCGACCAGGGCACAUUUUAAUUUCAUCUUUGUUUUCCAAAGCUGUUCUGCUUUGGUGUGUUGCUGCUGGAAGGAAUAGGAACAAUAUAUAUUCAUGAUGGUUGAACAAUAGCUUAUGAAAAUGGGAAGUUUUUUUUAAUACUGAACCAGAAUCUUGGCCCAUCUAGACUAGUAUUGUCUACUCUGACCUGCAGAGUAUCUUCAGGUUCUCAAGUAGGGAUGUGCACGGAAUCCGAGUGAAUCGAUUCAAAUCCAGUUUGAACCGAUUUGGAUUCAAAACCAUUGAACAGAGUGGAGAUCUGUUUGAAUCCAUCCGAUUCAAAUUUGCCCCAAGUUGAAUCUAAUUUGGGCAAAUUCACCCAAAUUUGAUUCAACGUUGGGUGAACUUGAAUCAAUUUGAACAAAUCGCCUAAUUUGAUGCCACCUAAUGGCGCAGUGGGGAAAUGGCUUGAUUAACGAGCCAGAGGUUGCCAGUUCGAAUCCCCGCUGGUAUGUUCCCCAGAUUUGUGGGAAACACCUAUAUUGGGCAGCAGCGAUAUAGGAAGAUGCUGAAAGGCAUCAUCUCAUAAUGUGCGGGACAAGGCAAUGGUAAACCCCUCCUGUAUUCUACUAAAGACAACCACAGGGCUCUGUGGGCUCCACGACUUGACACCGACUCGACGGCACACUUUACUUUACCCUAACCUUUGCUCUGUGCUCAAACCUAAGGGUUUGAGGGUAGGGAUAAAAAACCAGCAAUAACGCAGAGAAAGCAGUAAGUUCAACAAUGUUAUUGCCUCUUUCUCAUCUCUACGGGCAUAGACGUUGCCAAGAAUCACUAUGGGCAUUCGUCCCUGAGAUGGUACCAAUAAUCAAAAUUUGUGGGCUUUUGGGAUCCUCCUUGUUUAGAAGUAAGCCACUGCACAAUUGAAACAUGCCUGGAGGUUAUCUGCUUUUGGCUGUCCUUUCUGCAUAUGACGAUCCCGGAAGGAAUUGGAUCGAGAAACAACCUACUGUCAUUUGGAAGAGAGUUUAUUGACCACACUUGAUAUAUAUCUCAGUAUGGGAGUAUUGUAAGGAGCAUUGUGGGUUUUGGGGCCUGCUUUUUCUUUUAAGCUGUGUUCAAUUGAUACUUCGAAGAUGACAAAUAAUUGCAUGUAUGUAUAAUUGACCCUUGGUUCCUUUUGGAAGGGUUGGUUUUUGGUUUUGGAUCGAGGAUCCGUCCUUCCAUUUUUCAGUUAUUUGGAUCCUUCUUCUUGCCCUGAAGUAAACUGCGGCUGCCCAAUAACCUGGGAACUUUCUCCACCAACUUACCACAAAAAAAGACCUUUUCAGCCCCUGAACCAGGAAGUUGGCAUCCUCUGCUUGAUCCAGGAAGGGACAGCAAAUAUUUCUUGGCCCCAACCAACCUGAAGAUGCCUUGCCUAUGAUUCACCACGUGAAGAACCCGCCCAUUUUCUUGAUGAGGGACAAUAAAAGACUCCAUCACCCCCAAAUUUUCAACAACCUGGAGUGGAGCGUGGCAGAGAUGAAGCCCAGUGGUGCCUUCCUGACUUUCUUGGUGGUGGCCGGCCUCUUCCAAGCUCCCUCCAAAGGUAAUAUCUCUUCAAAUUGGGAUCGGAUUGACCCCAGAUUCGAGGCAGCAGAUUACGAGCUCGAAUCGGGCUGAUUCAAUUCGAACUCGGAUCGAAUUGCAAAAAAACAAUCUGUGCACAUCUCUAGAAUAUCCCUUCUGCUCUUUCAGAAUUGUAUUAUUUGGGGAGUUAGAUCCGGGGAAGAAAUUGCCCGUAUUGUCCCAUGUUGUUCGAGUGAGUGAAUUCUCCAGAAUGAUAUUUGAUUUUCUUGCAGCCCUUUUGGGUUGUAGGACAAUAGAUUUGGAGGCCCGAAGGAGAUCCGGAAGAGAGGAAGCUGCUGUUUACUGAGUCAGACCCUUGGUCCAUCUUGCUCAGUAUUGUCUACACAGACUGGCAGCAGCUUCUCCCAGGUUACAGGCAGGGGAAUCUUGGAGAUGCUGCCAGGGAUUGAACCUGGGACCUUCUGCCUGCAGGCCAGCUCUCCUCCAUCUAGCUCAGGAUUGUCUGCAUUCGGACAACAACUCCCACCAUCCCGAGCCACAGCGGCCAAUAAACUGGGAUGAUGGGAGUUGUAGUCCAACUUCUGUGGGAGGGUCAGAGCUGUGCAGCCCUGGCAGACCCCUUCAAACCUGUACCUGGGGCAGGUUCCAGGAUGGUGAGAGGUUUGGAAAUGUAUGAGAAACGGUGGAAGGAUCUGAGUUUGAUUAGCCUGGAGAAGAGAAGAGAAAGGGGCUGGUGGAUAUGAGAGCCAUCUUCAAAUAUCGGAAGGGCUGAAGAUGCAACAGGGGUUCUGUGUUGCUCCUGGGGACUAGAACCAACCCCAGUGGGUUGAAAUGACAAGGAAACCGAUUCAGGCUAGACAUUAGGAGCAAUAUCCUGACUGUAAGAGCUGUUGGCCAGUAGAACAGUCUGCCUCAUGACAUGGUGGGUGCUCCUUUCCUGGCGGGUUUGCACCUCAUGCUUGCUGGAGGGUUUGCAACAGAGGCUGGAUGGCCAUCCCUCAGGAAUGCUGCAGCAGUUGUUUGCACUGAGCGGGGGUUGAACUAGAUUAUCUCUAAGGGUUCCUUCCAGCUCUAAAAUUCUCAGAUUCUAUUUGGUUGGCUGCUGUCAGAAUUGGCGUGCUGGUCUUGCUGAACUUUGGGUGUGCUGCAGCUGGGCUCUCUUAAAAGCCGUACUCUCUCUAAAUUUCUGAGGUGUUUACUCUUGAGAAGCUGGUGGAUCCCACCCUGAUGAACAGUAUCAAUGAAGCCAAGAGGCUGUGGAUGAAGCGUACAAGUUCUCAAGGGACAGGGCGAAGGAGAACUUGCAGAAACUCACAAUGACCCCUGCUGAUUUCCUGAAACAUUUAAAGGAGCCGGUGGCUGGAACACAGACUGCGAUCCGAGCCGCAAACUACAUGGAGACAGUUCUAGACCUCCUGGAGGAGAAGGUGCAGAGGCAGGGGCAGAAGCACUUCAACAUUACAGACGUACUAAGCAGCAAACAGAAAGAACUGAUCUCCAAGGCCACGGGCUGUGAUUACGUGGUGCGUCCGAUUCGAUGUCCCGAGAACAGCCGUUACCAGACCAUCACUGGGGAAUGCAACAACAGGAAACACCCUCAUUACGGCAUGUCCAACCACGGUUAUGCCCGUGGCUUCCGGCUUCAGCUGGCUUCCGGCUGAAUAUGAAGACGGCAUAUCUAUUCCGAGGGGCCUCAUCCCGGGACAACUUUAUCACGGGCAUCCUCUCCCACCAGUACGGCAAGUGUCCAAUGAGAUCAUUGCCACCCGCAAUGAGGACGCCAUGGAGGACCAGCAACGCUCUCUGGCUUUCAUGCACUUUGGCCAGUUUCUGGACCACCACCUGGGUUUAGCCGUGAUGGACACCAGCAUCCAAAAUAAAGAAGUUCAAUGUGGCGGCAUCAAUUGCAACUAUGCACCCCCCUGCUUCUCGAUUAAGAUCCUCCCCGGAGACCCACAGUUCAAGAAGCUGGGAACCUGUAUGCCGUUCCGACGGACCGCUCCGGUGUGCAACCCCACGGCCUUCGUCUGCCAGCAGAUCAUCGCCAUCACAGCGUAUCUGGACGCCAGCAUGGUGUACGGGAACGAAGAGACUUUGGCAAGGAGCUUAUGGGACCCAACCGGUUCAUUGGGUUUGAUGGCGAUUAACCUGAACUUUACGGACGCGGGGCUGGCGUUGCUGCCAUUUGGUGGCAAUCCCAAUAGCCCCUGCCGGCACACAAACAGGACUGCCAACAUUCCGUGCUUCAAAGCAGAAGAUUGCAGCCUCAAUUCCCGGCAUCUCUGGACAAGGCUGCAAAAGAUCUCUCAAUCUCAAAACCCGGGAUUGCUGCUGCCAGCCAGUGUAGACAUGACUGAGGGGACAGGUGAGUUACAGAGAACCUAGGACUGAUCGCCCUCCAUACCGUCUUCCUUCGGGAGCACAACCGCUUGGCCACAGAGCUGAAGAGCUUGAAUCCUCACUGGGAUGGAGAGAAGCUCUAUCAGGAAGCCCGGAAAAUCAUCAGAGCUGUGCAUCAGGUACUGUGUCUCUGGGCCAAAUUAGCUCCUAGGUCAAUGGCCUCGGAGUCAAACCUGUGCAAGGAUUAUUCACAUGUGACAUUAGAUGUGGGGUCUGUACAGGCGUCUGCAUCUCAAGGCUGAUGGAGAAGGUGGCCUUUUGCCACACCAAAAUCUCCUGAAGACUCCGUCGGCUGGAUCAGGGCCAUCUAGUUCAGCCUCCCGUUUCCCUCAGUAGCUUACUGGUCCAUUUGAUGGAGCUGUGCAAAUA